AUGCUCGAAAACGUCGAAUUGGAAGUUACCGGUAUCAUCGAGGAUUUGGAAGAACCUACGACGGGAGUAAUGACGAUUCCUCAGACCAAACUGAGCAUCGCUCUCGAGGAAUUUUGCAAAACGAUCUCUACCGUACGAACGGAACUGUCCGAUCGCGAUAAACGAGUUGUUCCUGGUUACGACGAAGGACCACUUUCGAUAAUUAAUCAUUUGUUAAAACCUUUAACUAUGAUCGAGGAAGCUCUUGAUUCGACCGAAGAAUUAGACGUAGCGGAGCUUUCGAUCUUGAAUCGCCUGGAACGGCCCCUGGAAGACACGGAGAGAUACGUUCUACUUCCGAGUCUAGAAAUAAGCGGAAACGACCGAUCGAGGGAGAACUUUGAGCAACUCGUUCGAGUAUUGGACGCGACGAAAGCGAGGAUACCGAUCGCCAUGAAAGAAGUAAGCUCGAGAAAGGAGAUUUUGGGAUAUCUCCGGGACAUAUCGAAACCGCUGGAAAGCAUACAGGAACAGAUGAGAGGUCUCGAAACGAUCCCCGAGGAGACGUUGGAAAAGGACGUCGCGAGAAUUCUCGUUGGACCGAUAGAUUCGCUGUUACGAGUCGUCAACGCGAGCUCGCAGCAGACUCGAAUUCUCGAUCGACGUAAGGAGGUAAUAAAGGAGAUGAGGAGGAUGACCGGGCCGUUGGUAGAGUUUCUCAGUUGUCUCUCGGUGGUCAAAAGUAGCCGCAAAAGUUUAGUUCCGGAGGCAACGCUGCUCGACGAAAGGAAAAACGUCAUCUUAAAGGCCGUCGAGGAACUUCGUCUCGAAAUCUGCGACAUUCUCGAAAAAAUAGCGACCGUCGAGGACGGUGGCUUCAUCGAGGAAUCGCUGAUAUCGUUGAACGAUGCCAUUUUGUCCGUUCGAAAUCAAGUGGAAAGGGCGGAUUACACGCCAAGACCGAGUAGCGCGAGCAUACGUUUCCAGAAUUAUUUCAUGGGAUCGUUGAACCGAUUGGGAGAAACGAUCGACGAUCUGGAAAAAGGGACGGAAGAGUCUCCUCAGAAGAUCAUCGCGAAAUCCUUGGAGCCUCUUAAGAAACAAAUAUCUUUGUCCCGGUCCCAGUUCUCUCAAACUUCCGAUCAGUUCGUCGACGAAGAAGUCAUCGUCGAAGGAUUUUUGUAUCCGACGAAUCAACUUCGGUCAGCGCUGAGUGCUCUGAAGGAGAGCAUAGAGCGCAGCGAUGUAACGGCACCGUUUACGAGCACCUCCUUAGGAUCGCUGGAAAAUUUGGCCGAUGCGAUCGCCGAUCUGGCACAUUCGUUGUCCUCUCAUCGAGCGGGCCUGAUCGACGAGGGCGUGUCGGAAGGCUCGUCCAUCGUAGAGACUUUCUCCGCCGCUUUGGAGGUGUUGGAGAACGUUAAAACAUCCAUAACCAGCAUUCGGGAUAUGACGCUUGGUAAGAGGACGACGGAACGGAAAGUAGAAUCGACGGAUGAGGGACACCAAGAGGAAAGUUUCGGAACGGAGGCUCGACUUGGAGCGGACGAGAGCACGCUGGAAGGAGACACAAUUAUUCCAGCAAGGACGGAGGAUCAGCCUGCGACGUCCGAACGAUUCGGCUUAACGACGAGAAAAGAGAAAGACGAGGACGAAGGAAAGGAGAAGGUAGGAGACAAGUUUGAAGAUCUUGACGGAUCAACGGCGGAGGAGAGAGAGAAAGCGCGGGAAGAAGACGUUGGAAACGAAUCGCGGGGAACGACGGGAAUGCCCCUUGUGAGUUUACCCGACGAAGAAAUCGAGCGAGAGAUGUCUCGGCAGCGACUCGGUGCGAAAGAACGAGAAGAAACGGCGAUUGACGAAGCGAUCGAUGAAAGCGUUAAAGAGAACGAUCGAUCGGGAGCAAAAUCGAAACUCGAAGAGCAGAUCGAGGAAAAGCUUGAGACGACCGCGACGAGGGAAGAUGUAAAAGAUGAAAAUCGAUCGACGGCAGGAGCGAGAGAAGAAAAAAAUCAUGAAACGACGUUGGAAGGAGGUAUUACUGAACGGAAAACCGAAAAUGCGGUGGAACGAGGAACGACGAAGGUAGACGACUCCGGUGAAAUUCAGACGAUCGAAAAAAUCCCGAACGAAGGGGACAAAACUUGCGAAGAAAUUCCUUCGGAAAUAUCCAAGAUGUCGGCCGAAAGUAAAAAACAUUCGGAAGACCGAGACCCCAAAUCGAUGCCGACGGAAACUGUCGUAACCGUGAUAGAAACUGUCGUCGUCGACGAGAUCGUUCGAGUAUCCAAAGAGGAAGUAGAAAGCGAGAAAAUACGUUAA